AUGUAUCAGUCAUCGGAAGCCUGCUUAAUCGGUGCAGAAAAUUUAGCGUUCUGCAUUUUAAUUCCACCUACCUUAUCAGGUAAGAAGGAUAUUUACUUUUUGCGACCGGUUCAUUCAAUUUCUUUGGAGAAAUAUGAUGAUCCUAGCCUACGGGCUAACGCCAGCCACGGAGUGACGCGAUACAAGUUCAAGACAACUGUGGUGAGUAAACCCUCACAGUUGACUCCAGUCAAGCGCCUAUGCAUUACCGUGCCUGGACAACUAACCACAGGUCAACUGUGA